CUACCACCGCCAUCAUCUUGCUCCAAACCUAACCAUCACCCACGAGUCACAAACAAGCCCCUCCAGCUACCCUUCACCGCCUGACACUCGGCCAGACCUACCAUCUUCACCUCCAUUGAUCGAUUCUUUGUCCUUUAACAUCCUACCCAUCGUCCUAUCUUCCUAUCUCAUCAACAAUCCAUUUUCAUCCUUGUUCAACCAACCAACCAGCACACUCCUAUCUCACGCACCAAAUCCGUCAGAUCAACAGGGCUUCAUCGUCCACGAUUCCAUCAUGAGUAGCCUGGCUACGCCUCCCAUUCCUCCUCAUUUCCACGAGCACACUCGUCUCUCUCCCUCUAGAUCAAUGGCGUCCUCAAACCCAUCAAGAAAGCGAAAAGCCUCUCCCUCGUCCGAUUAUGAUGAUGAAAUGUCUACGUCGCCCUCCAUCUCCAAUGCACGCCUCCCUCCCACUCCCAAUCUCCGAAAGAGAAUGCGUGCGAACUUGACAGGGCGACCACUGUCUGUAGAUCGACUUUUAGAGACACUCGAUAAAGAUUCUUUGAGAACGGUGUUGAAACAACUUUGCGACCGAAGUCCUAGCAUUCGAGAAGAGGUCAUUCAAAUCAGCCCUCGCCCCAGCAUUCAGAGCACUCUUCAAGUUCUUCGAGACUAUCACGACCGACUAAUGGCCUCAUUUCCCCUCGACCCGAAUCCUCGUUCGGAUUACUGCUAUGAUCGAGUUCGACCCCAAUGGAACGAAUUACUCGAAGCCUUGACCGAUUUUACACCCCACUUCCUCCCCCCUAAUGAACAACAAUCAUCCGUCUCCCUCGAAUAUCUCAACGGGGUCACCAACAUUAUUCAUGAUCUCCCUGAAUGGGACACUCAACAGUACAACGUCUCUAAGAUGAAUGCCUACGAAGAGAUUUCCCGAGCGUGGAGCAACGUCAUAAAAGAAGCCAGCAAAAGAGGUGGAGGGAUCCAAUUACAAUAUGGCGGAUGGGAGGAGAAACUUCGAGCACACAACAUCAAGAGUGACAACAGACUCAAGGGAGCCUAUGAAGCGCUUCUUGACGCUCUUGGAUGGCUUCGACCUGCUCCUUCGACCAAUCAAUCUCAGAGCAUAAGACAACAACUGUUCUCCAACACAUACGGCAUGGAACAGCCUGUUCUUCGCAGCGGCAAGUGGUGAAAGGCCCUCGCUUAGGGUGGCCAUAUCUUCUUCUUUGCGAACGGCUCUCACCGAUAAGAUACCCUCUCAUCAACAUGAGAGCGGACUUUAUGAUGACGACUUUUCUUUUUUUCAAUCGGUCCGGGGGAUUGGGCGGUAUUUACGACUUUAUCACGAAACCACAUGGCUUCAGCCUGCUUUUUAAUUGUGCAUUGCUUGGUGCCAUUGUGGCGCAUGUCGAGUUUUUGCAGCUUUUCACCAUAGACACACUCAUCAGGUCAGCAUCUCUUAGCAACCCAGACAUUCAAGGUGGAAUGAAUUGAUGGCGUUGAUGAAGGACGGGGAGGGACAGGCAGGGGAGUGAGAGGGCUGGGGCGGCAUGAGCUUUCUUCUUGUUGGUACAUUUCUAAAGCAAUGGGUGGCUGGCUCUCUCUCUCUCGUGAGAUUUGAUUCCCUUUUCAAUUGCAGACAGGUAAAUAGUGGGUGAUGGUAUGGUUGGUAGGCUUGAUAUCAUCAUGAUUAUUCAGAGUACUUUUAUUCCUUAGCGUCUAGUGUGUGUGAUUAUCAUUAAUGAGAUCGAAGAGGUGUUGAGUGAGUGUGA